GCAUGCGUAUUCGCCUGAAUGACCCGGAAGGAUAUAUGUUUGCUACGGCGGCUGUCUAGGUUUGGAGUAAGUCGGCGGUUGGUGGGUUCCCCUUCCCCCCUGUAAUUUAACGGUCAUCUCUCGCGGUCUGAAACGGAAGAUUCGCUCUAAGAUGCGUUUCAAGAGCGGCGGCUCGUCGCUUUUUUGCUGUUUUCCUUGACAACUGAGCGCGAAGCCGGAGCACCGGCUACUGCUGAGUGGUCCAUUUCAGAACAGCUGAAGUCGAGAAGUGAUACCUCCCGUAGUAGGCCGCGUAAAGUCACCUUCCCCCAAAAUAAGAGUUAUUGCAACAACUCUUCUCAAAGAAAGUUUGGGGCUGGGGAAGAGAGCGGUGCUUCGCUCUGUCCCUAGCUGCAAAGUAACCAUUGCCUGUGCCUUGGUAAGGUUACCCGUCUACAUUAAAGUCUGUUAUACCGGCUCUGAUAUUGGGCUCCCGACUCUCCAGGGUGGACAGUGAUGCAGUCAUCUCAAAAGUAAAGACUGCAGAGCCAUGUCUCCCAAGUCUUUUUGACUACUGCAGCGUGUAAGAGGCUGUAGUAGUAUAGGUGGGGCUUUCUCAUUCUUGCGGUAAAAAUAGUUUAAAAAGUCUUUUCCAGUAAUGCAGCCCACCAAGAGAAGUAAUAGGAACAACCUCAUUCUUUGUGGGGUUCCAGCAAAAAAGGCGCCUGAGCCGCCCGUUUCUAAUGAUGACUUCAACAAGCCAUCUAUUUUGAAAGCCUUGGAGGCAGUUGUAGCAGCUGGUAGACGCGGCUUGCUUGGUCCAGCAGCAAUGGCAGCAGCGGAAGCCAUGCCGGACUUGGACCUGCAGCAUGGCGAUGGAAAAGUUGACCAAGAAACUCCAAGUUCUCUUCCCCUUGUGGAAGAAAAGAAUGAAGAAGAAAAGGAAGAAGAGAAUGUUAUAAACAAGGAGUGUAAUACUGUUGUAACAGUCAAAUCACCAGUGAAGGGUACUGGAAGUCAGAAACCGACCAAAAAGGAGAUCUGGAUAUGUGGAAAUGCUGUGAUUGCGCUAGCAACGAUGAGAGCCCAGUUCAACUGUCAUGGGUUGCGAUUGGGCUUUGCUUAUUCUACUGCAUUUGUGAAUUGGCGAGGUAUCCCUACAAUGAUGUGGGAUGAUCUAUUACCCAUUCUGCAUCAAAUGUAUCAUCAACACCAUGUGCCAUCUAUUAUAGUCAUACACCUUGGGGAAAGUGAUCUGUUGACGGACAGUAGCAGUUCACUUGUGACUAAAAUGCAAAAUGACUUGGGUAUCCUUCAAAGAGCAUUGCCUGAUGCUGUAAUAAUUUGGUCUUCACUGUUACCAAGACAUGUUUGGAAGUCAUCUGAGGAGUCAUCACAAGUUAUGGAAUCUGAACGUAAUAACGUCAACUACAAAAUGGAAGAAUAUUGUAGUAAAACAGGCAAAUGCUAUUUAUCACAUCCAUUGCUUACUGCUGAAAAUAAAUGGCUGUUCUUGCCUGAUGGCUCGCUGUCUCUUGCAGGAGCUGAUAUUUUUAUAACUGACCUAAAAAAAGUCUUGAAUACCUAUCUGCUCCAUGAUCAAUUCUGAAAUUAUUAUUUCCUUUGGUGGAUGAUAGGUUUUUGAAGACUGUUUAAUUACAUCCAAGUCCUAUAUGCACACUGAUGUGCUGGGUUUUGUGGAGAUUGCAGUGGGUGGAAAAGGAAUAUUGAAGAUAUCUGCUUGUUAUCUGCAAGGAUGGCUUUGUUUGUCCACCUAAUAUACCUUGCAAGAACACUGGCAAGUGGGUUUUUUUUUGUGUUAAAUUUUAUAUGAAAUAUAUGAAGAAAAACUGGUCAAGACUGCAAUGAAAAUUUAUUUUAAUAUUUGAUAUCUUCAAAAAGUAAAGCAGGGCUUUUAAGAAUUUUUUAUUUGUGUGGAUCCUCUCUCUCUUUUGUAGUCAAGGCCAUGGUAGGCUGUGGCUGCAUUCCUUUGAGCAGAUUGUAGGUUACAGUUCUGUUUCUGUCACAUACUAGCAGAAUUGUAAUUUUAUUGCCAUAAAUUAUUUGGAGAAAUAUGCCUUCAGGAGUCUUUAUUAUAUUCAUCAUAGGCAGAACAUAAAUAUUUUGCCAUACAACAGCUGAUAGUUCUUUUGGUGCUGUUUCUUCCUUUGUUUUAUGUUAUUGCUUGUAGUUCCAUUGUAAGCUUGCCCACUUUACAGAUAUUGGAAUAACCAAUAUUAGUGCUUAGUUUUAGCCCCCCCCCCAAAAAAAGCUGUGUUUUUAGAUGAUUGUGUCAAUCCCAUCUUAUGAUUAUAGCACCUGUAUAGCAACAAUAAUUGCAGGCGGCUAUGUUUGUCCAUUAGGAAAAAUCUGAGUAAGCAGCAGUAGAGGCUGCUUUAAGAUAAAUUUAUGUCACAAAGAAAGUUAUCUUGCCAUGGAGCUUUUCCUCAUACUGUAGGGUGAACAAAAAAAAAUGGGAGAGAGAAAGGAGAGAAAUGAUUACUGCUGGGAAGGUAGCGUAGUGCCUCAUUUGCAAUAUGUGACCAUCUUAAAGUGGUGGGAGUUUCUCCACUGAAUAAGUUGCAAAAGAUUCAAUUUGUAACAAAGCUUUUUUAGGCCAAAGAAGCAGCGGCCCUCUCUACUUUAGAAAAAAUAAAGAAGCUAUAAUUUGGCAUUUUUAGCAUAUGCAGACAGGGUGUUGUCAUGUUCUUUGCCAGCAAUAUCUAUCUCUCUGUUUCUUUAGUGCCCUCUUUUUUAUGUGAACUGAGAAACAGGACAGUGAUACUCUAAUGUGAUUUUCAGUUUGUCCAAAAGGUAUUAUGCUACUAUUGUUGUUUCCGUAAUUGAUGCUGCAGCAGAAGAGCAAGAAAUGUUAUUUUGCUUAUAUUUUUCAAAAUAAUUAGUGGUAUGGUUUCAGAAUAAUAGAGUUUUAGUUUUUUGGCAGCACAUUGUAACAGGUGUUUAGAGGAAUCAGGUUGUUAACUGUGUAAUGACGAUAGCUUGAGGAUGAUUCUAUCUCUGCAGAAAUCAGACUCCUGGAGAAAGAUUAAUUUUCUUCGACAUCUAACAAUAGUACUGUGGAAGCCAUCAGCACAUAUUAAAGAGACUUGACAUUUGUGGACCUCCAUUCUUCAGGAUGAUUUAGCUGUCAUGGAUUUACCUACAUCUGAAGAAGUGAUGUACUUAAUUUUGCCUGACUUGAAUUUUAUUAUGCAUUUUGUUGUUGCAGCUUAAUUCUAUUAUAAUCCUCUGUUAUAAUAAAAGCUGUGAUUUUUGAGUUUUGUUAGUGCUCUUCCAAUGAUUCAGUGUCCAGUGCUGCAGAAAACUUUGUGGGUGACUGAGUUGCUUUCUUUGUGAAUGAAAACAGAAGAAAUGUGUGCUACCUUCAAGGCUUUUUGAUGUUGCUGUCUGUGUCCUAAUCUGUGUGUUCAAUCAAAUAAAUUUAUUCCCUAA